GAGGCUAAAGACAAGCUCUAUGCCCUCCGCCAUGGCAAUGAUUCUUUACUGGCCUAUAUUACCAAGUUUGAACGCAUCCUAUAUAAAGCGAAUAAUAUUAAUAAAAUAUCCAGCUUUCGCAAUCGCCUUAACUCCGCAAUUCGCUCUCGUUUGGCCUAA